GGGUAGGUUGUGUCUCCCUGUUUGAACUGUCCACGCAUCGAAUCGUCACGUGCUCGUCUUCUUUGGAGUGAGCUGGAAUCGGCCAGAGGGGCUACGCUGGUGCACGACACACAUACACGCACGCACACACACACACAAACACACGGCGCCUUGUCUUCGGUACUGGAUUCACUAACUCCAAGGAUUAAAAGGAAUACAUUAGAAACACGUAUAUGAACAGGAAUUGCAUCAGAUUGAUGGGAUUACACACUUUGGAGUCAUCAGAAGUAUAAGAAAGAAGAAAUAUUUAGCGUAUUUAUUUUUAAUUUUAUUUAUUUGGUUUUCAGUUUUCCAUUUGCAGGGAUUUAUCGUAGAAGGACUACUAACGAGCUAGCUAUCCAAAUGGGGUCGUAUGCAAACUGUGCAGGUUUUGACUGUGCGUUUGGGACUCCGGACUAAAGUAUGUUUCUGAAAUUUAUAGCAAUAAAAGACCCCCCUAUCUUGUCCAGAAUAACGACUAAAUGUCUGAGAAUAUCGCCGCAGUAUGGAUGUAGCUAGCAACCACGUUGCAACCCCGAAUGGUCUCGAUAGUCUCACGCUUGUUUUGGCACGUUGCCGUUUAUUGAACCUUUUCGGUUUAUUGAGGUGCGACUCAUACUAGUUUGUUUUGAAAUGGAAACGAUAUCAGCUCGGGUUUUCUCGCGCACGUGCCGGCGCGGAAUGUUUUCCAUUCAAUAAUACAUUCAUCUCUCCCCCCACCAUCAUGGCAAAUCCAGCUGCAGACCAGGGUUUUUCCGACGUGAGAAAGGUGGGUUAUUUAAGGAAACCCAAAAGCAUGCACAAGAGGUUUUUCGUCCUGAGGAUCGCCAGUGUCUCUGGGCCGUCCCGGCUGGAAUACUACGAAAACGAGAAAAAAUGGAGACACAAGUCCGUGGCUCCCAGGAGGUCGAUUCCACUGGAGAGUUGCUUCAACAUUAACAAGAGGGCUGACUCGAAGAACAAGUAUCUGGUGGCGCUGUACACCAAGGAGGAAUAUUUUGCCGUGGCGGCCGAGUGCGAACAGGAGCAGGACCUGUGGUACCAGGCGCUGGUCGACCUGCACAACAGAGGUAAGCGUCACGGGCCCGCCCCGGGGGGCAGCAGCAGCGGCAGCGUCGGCGGCGGGACGGGCGGGGGCGACUAUGGGGCGGAGGCUGCCCCGGGACCGGCCUUCAGGGAGGUGUGGCAGGUCGUUCUGAAGCCGAAGGGACUGGGGCACGCCAAGAACCUGACGGGCAUCUACCGCCUGUGCCUGACGAGCAAGACCAUCAGCCUGGUGAAGCUGAACUCGGACGCGGCGGCGGUGGUGCUGCAGCUGAUGAACGUGCGCCGCUGCGGCCACUCGGAGAGCUUCUUCUUCGUGGAGGUGGGCCGGUCGGCGGCGACGGGGCCCGGCGAGUUCUGGAUGCAGGUGGAGGACUCGGUGGUGGCGCAGAACAUGCACGAGACCCUCCUGGAGGCCAUGAAGGCCAUGAGCGAGGAGCUCCACCCCCGGGGCAAGGGCCAGGCGUCCUCCAAGUGCUCCACCCCCAUCUCCGUGCCGCUCCGGCGGCAGCACCACCACGGCCACCCGCCCCCGAGCCAGGUGGGGCUGGGCCGGAGGUCCCGGACGGAGAGCGCGGCGGCGGCCUCGCCCGCCGCCCCGGGGAGGCAGGCCCGCUCGUUUCGGGUGCGGGCGUCCAGCGACGGCGAGGGCACCAUGUCCCGGCCGGCGUCGGCGGACGGCAGCCCCGUCAGCCCCAGCCUGGCGCGGGCGACCUCGCAGCGGCGCGGGGCCCCCGGCGGCCGCCUCCACCCGCCCCUCGCCCACAGCCGCUCCAUCCCCGCGCCCUCCUCCGCCGCCAGCCCCGCCAGCCUCUCCUCCAGCGGCACCAGCGGGCACGGCUCGGCCUCCGACUGCGCGUACCCGCGCCGCGCCAGCGCCACCCCCUCCGGCUCGCCCAGCGACGGCGGCUUCGUCUCGUCCGACGAGUACGGCUCCAGCCCCUGCGACCUCCGGGGGCCGUCCUUCCGCAGCGCCACGCCCGACUCCUCCCUCGGCCACACCCCUCCGCCGGCCCGGGACGAGGAGCUGAGCGACUACAUCUGCAUGGCGCGGCCCGGCCAGCAGGCCGCGGUCGCCACGGCGACCGAGCCCGGCGGCCGCAGCCCCGACCGCGCCCAUCCCCGCCGCCGGUCGCCCCCGCGCCUGGAGGACCUGGGGGAGAGCUUCCGGAAGCGGACGCGCACCCCACCCCUUGCCGCCCCGCCCGUCUGCCACCAGAAGACCCCCUCCCAGUCCCCCGGCGUCUCGCUGGACGAGUACGCGGCCAUGACGCCGGCGCACGGGCACCCCGACUUCCCGCCCGCAAACGCGUACCCCGAGGAGACGUUGGAUGUGCACGCGGAGGGCGGGGGCGCUGGGUUAGGGUCGGGGGUAGGGAUGGGCGCUAGGCUGGGGGACGACGGCUACAUGCCCAUGUCGCCAGGCGUGGCCCUGCCGUCGUCCCGCAAGGGCGACGACUACGUGCCCAUGAGCCCCAAAACCAUGUCGGCCCCCCAGCAGAUCCUGGGCCCCCGCUCUCGCUGCCGGCUGGACUCCAGCGGGUACGUGAUGAUGUCACCCAGCGCCAGCUGCUCCCCGGAGAACGGUGGCGCCGGCGACGAAUGCGCCAAGGCCUGGAGCGGAGUGGGCGGGGCCGAGGGCCGGGCUGGGGGCGGGGCCGACCCCCCCGAGGGGAAGGGCACGUACGGGGACUACAUCAGCAUGUCCUCCGCCAGCGGCUCUGCCGCCGGCACUCCGCCGCUGGACCGCUACCUCAACCCGCCGGCGUGUCCAGAGGAGGCCCCGCCCAGGCCCGCGGCGGGCUCCUACUACCAUUCGCUGCCCCGCUCCUUCAGACACGCCCCCAGGAAGCAGGCCCCGCUGAGGAGGACGGCGCCUGGCCCCGGCCGGCCCGCCUACCCAGACUCCUCCUCUUCCUCCGCCAGCAGCGACAGCCUGGGCGCGCAGGACUCGCCGGGGGGGCCGCCGCCCCGCGGGACGGCCCGGGAGACGGGGGGCCCCCGGGCGCACCCGACGCGCCUCUCCCCGGACUGCGCCAGGGCCAGCACCCUCCCGCGAGCGCGGGACAGCCCCUCCCCCUCCCCGGGGCCCCCCAGCCCGGGAGAGUACGUCAGCAUGGAGUUUGGGGACGGGCCCUUCUGCGCCCGCCUGCCCGCCUCGUUUCUUGCUCCCGAGUUCGCCGAGGACGGGGGCCCCCUCGAGGGGUGCACGCCGCGCCCCUCCGGGUACGGGACCGUGCAGCUGGAGGCCGGCCGGACCCGUCCCGGGUUCGAGGGGGGGGUUGGCUUCGCCCUGGAAGGUCCGGUGCCACUGGUCCCCGGUACCGGGCACGCGCUGAGUGCCUUCAGCAGGGUGCGCCCCAGCCCGGACCAGAACCGGGGCGCCAGGCUGGUCCGGGUCGACCCCCAGGCCCGACAGCGGCACGGCUCCGGAUCCUUCGGGCCGGGGUCUGGGGGCGGGACGGGACGGUCCCUGCGCCAGGCCAGUCCGGAGGACACGAGACUGCGCGCCUGCGCGCCCUUCGAGGAGGCGUGGCCAGUCGGCGAAGCGGGCUGCGGGAGACGGGAGCAGGUGCCUGUUGCUGGUGCCGCCUCUUCCUCCUCCUCCUUCUCCUCUACCUCGGCCCGCGAUCUGAACUACAUGGACCUGGACCUGGGGAGGGUUCUGAAGCAGCCCGAGUGGAGCGUCCUCCGGCCCAGGAGCCCCCUCUCGCCCAGCCAGCGUCCCGCGCAGGAGGGGAGCGGCUACGCCAGCGUUAGCUUUCAGAGGCGGGAGCGCGUGAGCGGCGACCCUGCGCACCGGGAGGAAUGAAGACGUGGACUCCUCUGCGAACCCCACAGACCCUGACCCUCUCCUUCCGUAGAUGCCCUGAAUCAGGCAAUUUGUCCUGGCGACAAGCACAGUCCACUCUGAUUCCACUGCCUGUUCUCCCUCUGUGAAGCUGCACAGCGAUCUCCUAGCGGGAGCUCAGUUCACUCGCCACAGUUACCGUGUGUAGCACAGGGACGGUGGCGCGGUUUCCUGUGUCAGGGAUGGAAGGGCACAGUUAGCGUAGCUGUUCUCUGUGUAGCCGUACAACACGGUCAGCCUGUCGGUAACCGCAGAUAUGCGAACGACUCUCAGAAAUGGCAUGGCACAGUUACCUUUUCAGUUAUAAUUCAGCACAGUUAACCUUCUCAGUAAUAACUGAGCACAGUUACUCAGCGAUGGAUGAGGCCUAACACGGUUGUGCCUGUGACUACAAUGCACAGUUUCUCUCUCAGUGACUAUACAAUGGUUAUAGCACAGUUCCUCUCUCUGAUGGUGCAACAGUUCUGUUCUCAGUUACAGUGUAGCAGUUAUGUUGUCCUCUCAUCUGAAAUACAGCACAGUUUCGCUCUCAGUUACUGUACAGCACUGUUAAGUUUUCGGUUGAAAUAUAGCACAGCUGUUUUGUCCAUGACCGCAGAGCACAGUUGCUCUCUGUGGUAUUACAGCACAGUUAUGAUACAGCACAGUUACUCUCUCUGUAAUGGUGCAACAGUUGUGUUCUCAGUUUCAGUGUAGCAGUUGUUUUGUCCCCUCAUUUGAAAUAUAGCACAGUUACUCUCUCUGGUUUUACAGCACAGUUAUGAUACAGCACAGUUACUCUCUCUGGUUUUACAGCACAGUUAUGAUACAGCACAGUUACUCUCUGGUUUUACAGCACAGUUAUGAUACAGCACAGUUACUCUCUCUGGUUUUACAGCACAGUUAUGAUACAGCACAGUUACUCUCUCUGGUUUUACAGCACAGUUAUGAUACAGCACAGUUACUCUCUCUGGUUUUACAGCACAGUUAUGAUACAGCACAGUUACUCUCUGGUUUUACAGCACAGUUACUCUCUCUGGUUUACAGCACAGUUACUCUCCCUGUAAUGGUGCCACACUGGUGCAGUACGUUCUCAGUGGUUAUCUUGUUCAUGUACGCACAACGCGGUUACAACUCUGUGAGUUCUGGUACGGCACAGUCACUUUCUCAGUGAUGCUGCGCAACAUUCGGCUAGCCUCGUUAGCCUUUUCUGAGCACAGGACCUGCUCAACAGGAGUACACACACGCACGCACGCACACACACACACACACACACACACAUACACACACACACGCACACUCACACACACACAGCACUGUGACUCCUCAAUCCGCCAUUCCCACUGCUUCCAUACAGAUGGUCAUUAUUUAAAUUUCACAUAUUAUUUGUAUCGUUAUUGUUAUUAUUGUUCAUAUUCUUUUAGGUUUUUAAGCAAGAAUAGCUGGUAUCUCUCAGUUUGGGAAUUUUUAUGUUUAGUUUUUUUUUGUUUUGUCUUUAAAAGUUCUCAGAUAGCUGCGGGAGGAGGUAUUACUUGUAAGUUUUGCUCAAGCAAUGUUUCCUUAAGUUUUCCGUAAAUCAAACUCUACUCAACACAUCUAUGAACAAAAUCAUUUUAAUUUAAACUAAUUUCACCGGUAACGCUAAAAUGCCAUUUGUGCACGAAACCUGAAGACCCGUUUCCAUGGUAAAUGGGUUCAGACCUCAAAAAAGAAAAGUAACAAUAUGCUUGUCUUUUUUUUUUUUACUGCUGAGGACAUUGGACGUAUGAUCUGUGUAAAUAUUUCGGGUAGAAAAAUUUAUUCACAUUUACCCUGAAUGAAAAAUUUGUUGAGUAUUUAAUAUUUUGGGAUUUGUAAUACUGCUUAAAUGAUUUGAGUUAUGGUAUGCCAUAACGUUUUUUCGAGAUGUUACCUGCCAUUUUAUGCAUUUGAGCUCAUUGAGAAAAUUGGGUCUGAAGAGUGAGAACGGUUACAUGGUAAACUCUCCAGGGUGACUCCUGACACCUGGAGUGUUUACACGAGUGCACAGGGGAUUCAGAUGUGCACUGUCAGUGUAAAAUGUACUCUCUUGCGUUUGAUUGAAUCAUUUGAUAUGUACCGAUUCUACUCUUUGAAUGAAAUUGUUGCAGGUAUGUUUUCGGGGGUGGGGGGGGGGGGAGCUGUUGAGUGCCUUCCCCUGUAUAUUGUCACCUUUUUUUGUUGCCUUUGGCUGCUGCCCCCCCACCCCCACCCCCCCAGUCAGCAUCUGUAUAUAACCAUAUAUAUAUAAAUAGUGGGUCAGCCUGGCAAACCCUGUCUUCCGAUGUAAAUACUGUUAAUGACUGGAUGAACAGAAGUACGAACAAAUGAAUGAAUGCAUGCAUGCAUGAAUGAAUGAAUGAAUUAAUGAAUGAAUGAAUGAAUCUGCACCUAUAAUGAAAGGCGGGCUUGUGGUGGAGUUAUGCCUCACUGUGUAAACCUUUUCUGGAAUAAUAAAGUAGAAAUGUUUUUUUUUU